AUGACUUGUGCAGCUGAUAUUAAUUCCUAUCGAAAUGAGCAAGACAAGAUGCAUGUCCAUAUUUUUCUUGGUGGCUUGGACCUUCACUUUGAAGGGGCAAAGAAUGAGUUAUUGCGUCUUGCAACUCCACCUACGUUGGAGCAAGCUUUUGCUUAUAUCAGAAGAGAUGAAGGUAACAAGGCUGCCGCUCAGAACCUUCAUACUGAAGUUUCUAGUUUAGCAAUCCAUGCUACACCUCCAUCUCAACCUCAAAUUGGGAAUUCUACCCUAGUUCCAUCUCAGAACCAGUAUCAACCACGGACUCAGGGAUAUCAGCAGAAUCAGAAUUAUAACCAAUUAACUUGCAACUACUGCAAGGAGGUUGGCCAUUUCAAGAAUCAAUGCCCUAAGCUGCGAAGGUUUAAUUACAACAACAACUCUGGUUGGAGAGGAGGCAAUAAUAAUACUGGAGGUCGUGGAGGACGCGGUGGUGGUCAAAGAGGCAAAGCUGCAAUCCAAUUAGUGCCAGAACCUGACUUCUACAACAUUGAGGGACAAGAUCCCUCAAAGGGUAAUGUUUCCUUGACUAAGGAAACUCGAGAAUCUAUGCACCAGGGUGAUUAUGGGCAAGGGAGACCUGAGGGGAAGACUGUUUCACUUGGAUUGCAUGUACGCAGAGCCAGCACAAGCAUCGGAGCCGCCUUUGGCCCUGACAUUGAAUUCUGAUCGAUUAAAUGAGCUAUGGUUGUGGCACCGGCGGUUGGGUCAUCCAUCUUUUGGAGUUAUGAAAAAGUCCAUGCCUUCAUUGUUUCUGGGAGUUAGUGAGUCUAGCCUGCAUUGUGAAACUUGUGCUUUGGCUAAGAGUCAUAGGUCUAGUUAUCCUUCCAGUUUUCAUUCUAGUACUAUGCCUUUUGAGUUAAUUCAUUCAGAUG